AUUUCCAGAGGCAUAGAUUUGUGAGUGGUGGCGAUAGGCUUUGUUUUGGACCUUCACUUUAAGAGUGGUUUGAGAUCAGAUGGGUAGCCUGGAGCCGCAACAAGAAGAGAAUAAAUGGAGCCAGGGAGUUUCAUUACAAGUAUCAACUACUUCUACCACUGAAGAUCACAAAAAACUCAAUAUUAACAAUGAAAAAUUUUCUCAUCGUCGUCAUCACCCUGCAGAUCUCCAGGUUAGCGGAUGGAAGAAGUUUCUUUCAUUUGUAGGCCCUGGCUUUCUCGUGUCCUUGGCUUAUCUGGAUCCUGGAAAUUUGGAAACUGAUCUUCAAGCAGGAGCCAAUCAUCGCUACGAGCUGUUAUGGGUGGUGCUCGUUGGCUUGGUGUUUGCUCUCAUAAUUCAAUCUCUGGCUGCUAAUCUUGGAGUAACCACUGGCAAACAUUUGUCAGAAAUAUGCAAGUUUGAGUACCCAAUACAUGUCAAGUACUGUAUAUGGUUACUAGCAGAAAUUGCAGUCAUAGCUGCUGAUAUACCCGAAGUAAUUGGAACAGCCUUCGCUUUGAAUAUUUUGUUUGGCAUCCCAGUAUGGUCUGGAGUCCUAUUAACCGGUUUAAGCACCCUUUUGUUUCUUGGUUUGCAAAGAUACGGGGUGAGGAAGCUGGAAAUGUUGAUAGCUGUAAUGGUAUUCAUAAUGGCUGGAUGCUUCUUUGGAGAAUUGAGUUAUAUAAAACCUCCUGCAGACCAAGUGCUCAAGGGAAUGUUUGUACCAAAACUCAGUGGUCAUGGAGCCACAGCUGAUGCCAUUGCCUUAUUUGGUGCCCUUGUCAUGCCGCACAAUUUGUUCCUGCAUUCAGCUCUUGUGCUCUCUAGGAAAGUUCCUAAUUCUGUUCGUGACAUCAAUAGUGCCUGUCGAUAUUUCUUGAUCGAAAGCGGGUUUGCAUUGUUCAUAGCAUUUCUAAUCAACGUAGCAGUUGUAUCAGUUUCUGGAACUGUUUGCUCGGAAUCUGAUCUCUCACAAGAAAACAUUCAACGUUGCAAUGAUCUUACUCUUAACUCUGCUUCUUUUCUUCUUCAGAAUGUAUUGGGGAAAUCUAGUUCCACCAUAUAUGCCAUAGCACUUCUAGCCUCUGGUCAAAGUUCCACCAUAACAGGCACUUAUGCAGGACAGUAUAUUAUGCAGGGUUUUUUGGACCUAAAGAUGAAAACGUGGUUGAGGAAUCUAAUGACAAGGUGCAUCGCAAUUAUACCCAGUCUUAUCGUAUCCAUUAUUGGCGGAUCUCAAGGAUCUGGCAGGCUCAUCAUCAUUUCAUCGAUGAUUCUUUCCUUCGAACUUCCCUUUGCUCUCAUUCCACUUCUUAAAUUCAGUAGCAGUUCCACCAAGAUGGGACCUCACAAGAACUCAAUUUAUAUAAUCGUAAUCUCAUGGAUUCUAGGGUUGGGACUGAUCGGCAUCAACGUUUAUUUCUUAAGCACGAGAUUGGUAGAUUGGAUAAUCCACAAUCAUCUUCCAAAAGUUGCAAACGUGUUUAUAGGGUUGGCAGUAUUUCCCCUUAUGUUGGUCUAUGUGCUGUCAAUUAUCUAUCUAACAUUCCGUAAGGACAGGGUUGUCACGUUCGUUGAACCACUGCCUCAAGAUAACAUGGAAACUGGCCUUGCCAAUUCUACUACUCACCCUUUUCAAUCGCCUUCUGUGCCUGGCAAACACGAUGUAAUUUAGUCAGUGUUCCGUUGCUUAUAAAUUAUAAAUAAGAGUUUGACGAGAGUUAUAUAUGUACGUAUAUGGAUAUUAGAAUUGAAGAGAAAUUAUAUAUUAGGCUUUACUAUAAUGUUGUAAUGUUGGUUUUUUAGUUACCCAACCUACCGUAACAUCUUACAAUCAGUGUUAACACAGAUUGUAGUCUCAUGUGAUAA